GAAAAACGGGCACAAAAUGAAAAAAAUGAAAGUGUUACAUAUACUUUUUGAUCGCAUCGCUGUGGACAAUGGGAAAUCGAUCAAUUGAAGCGCAUGACAUUGUAUAACGUCGCUCAUUGGGUAAUACACUAGUCUCAGGGGAUGAGGUAUAAAAACUACGAGUCGCCUCAAUUAUGACAACAGUUAGCUGACAAUUUGUGGAGGCAGACACAGACCAGACGCAGACCAACGGAAGGAAAAUCUAAGCAAUCGAGAUGGCAGCAAAGUUCUUCGUCCUGCUGUCGCUGGCCGUUGUUGCCCAAGCGGAGUACAACUAUAACGAGAAGGCAGCCACUGCCGUGAACACCCUGGAGCAGAGCUCCCCCAGCUCUGGGGAGGACUUCCUCAGCGACUACCACACGCCCAGCAACAAUGCGCUGAACUCCCAGGCCACUCCGGACGGUUACGACUAUGUGUCGCCUCGGACAAACCAAUUUGCAGCCGGCGGAAGCAGUUCGGCCAGUGAGCAUGCCUCGAAUCUGCUGCAAAGUGCAGCCAAUGCCGCAUCUGCAUCGGCAGCCCUCUUGCCUUCGCCACUGCCCGUCCUGCGCCAACACCAGGAGCCGGAGAACUUCCCGCCCGCUAGCUACAGCUUCAACUACGCCGUAAAUGACGACAGCACCGGCGACAUCAAGGAGCACAGCGAGACCCGCGACGGCUAUGUGGUGCGCGGAUUCUACAGCCUGAUCGAUCCCGAUGGCUACAAGCGCACCGUCACCUACACGGCCGAUGAUGUCCAUGGCUUCAACGCAGUUGUGAAUCGAGUACCAUAUGCCCUCAAGACCGUGGCUGUUGCGGUGGCCCCUUCAGUGGUACCGGACAUUGCCUUGGACGAGCGCUCCAAGCUGCAAACAGUAGACAUCACGCGGUCGUCGGGAGCUUCCUCUGUGGAAUCUGAGGGAUCUGAGGGAUCUGGAUCUGGAUCUGGUGCGUUCUCCCACGAUAGCUAUGACAAUGCCCCUCGUGGCCUGGACGCUUCUGGUGGUCCCUACGCCUGAGUUCUGCUGCUCUGCUAUGCGGUGCUUGUAUACUGCUUCAUUGUGUUCCAUCUAAUCCAUCUAGUUCUGUAGAUAUUCCAUUAAAUAUGAUUAACCAACACUGGUUUGAUUUGUCAACACCAACAUUUCGUGGCCCUAAGAAAUCAUAACUUUUGGUCAGUAUGAAGCUUCCUCGUUGGUAUUUCAACGUUUUCAAAGAAGCCAAAGUCUGUGUGGUGGCGUGUUCAAAAGGUUAAUUGUGCAACAAACAUAUGGAAGAUGCCUUAAAGAUGUAUUACCACUCGUCGAAAAAAACUGAAAGGUCAAAGCAUCACGCCUUGUGAUGGAAAACUCUUAGAGACUCGUGUUUACUAUUGGUUUCAUAGACGAAAUGAAAGAGUACCAUAUGCACUCCCCUCCAGGGGAUAACUGUUUGAAUGGUCUGGCAACAUCUGGCAU